AUGUCUAAAGCAUCACAACCAGAAUUGAAAAAGUAUAUGGAGAAACGUUUAUUUAUCCAAUUGAACGGUGCUAGAAAAGUAACUGGAAUUCUACGUGGUUACGAUCCAUUUAUGAAUUUAGUAUUAGACGAUACAGUCGAAGAAGUCUCUUCCACUGAAAAACAUAACAUUGGCAUGGUGGUCAUUCGCGGUAAUUCGGUAGUGAUAAUGGAAGCACUGGAAAAAAUUUGA